AUGUCUGCCGAGACUGCUACCAACCCCCCCGCCGCUGAGGCUCCCGUCAACGGCACCCCCGAGGCCACCGGCGCCCAGGAAGUCGCUGCUGCUCCCGAGGCCACCGCCGAGGGCGCUGCGGCUGCUGCUAACAACCAGCCCCACUCGGCUUCCCUCUAUGUCGGCGAGCUUGACCCCUCCGUCACCGAGGCCAUGCUCUACGAGCUCUUCUCCUCCAUCGGUCAGGUUGCUUCCAUCCGUGUCUGCCGUGAUGCCGUCACCCGCCGCUCCCUCGGCUAUGCCUACGUCAACUACAACAACACUGCUGACGGCGAGCGCGCUCUGGAGGAUCUGAACUACACCCUCAUCAAGGGCAAGCCCUGCCGUAUCAUGUGGUCCCAGCGUGACCCCGCUCUGCGCAAGACUGGCCAGGGCAACGUUUUCAUCAAGAACCUGGACAACGCCAUUGACAACAAGGCUCUGCACGACACCUUUGCUGCCUUCGGCAACAUUCUGAGCUGCAAGGUCGCUCAGGACGAGUUCGGUAACUCCAAGGGAUACGGCUUCGUCCACUACGAGACUGCCGAGGCCGCUAACAACGCCAUCAAGCAUGUUAAUGGCAUGCUGCUGAACGACAAGAAGGUCUUCGUCGGUCACCACAUCUCUAAGAAGGACCGCCAGAGCAAGUUCGAGGAGAUGAAGGCUAACUACACCAACAUCUACGUCAAGAACCUUGACCAGGAGAUCUCCGACGAGGAGUUCCGCGUCAUGUUCGAGAAGUUCGGUGAGAUCACUUCUGCCACCCUCAGCCACGACCAGGAGGGCAAGAGCCGUGGCUUCGGUUUCGUCAACUACUCCACUCACGAGAGCGCGCAGGCCGCCGUUGAGGAGAUGAACGAGAAGGACAUCAAGUCUCAGAAGCUCUACGUUGGCCGUGCCCAGAAGAAGCACGAGCGUGAGGAGGAACUCCGCAAGCAGUACGAGGCUGCUCGUAUGGAGAAGGCCUCCAAGUACCAGGGCGUCAACCUGUAUGUUAAGAACCUGACUGAUGACGUCGAUGACGAGAAGUUGCGUGAGCUCUUCAGCUCUUACGGCACCAUUACCUCCGCCAAGGUUAUGCGCGACUCCGUCUCCGACCGCACCCCCUCCCCCGAUUCCGAGCAGGAGGGUGAGGCCAAGGAGGAGGGCGACAAGACCGAGGAGAAGGAGGAAGAGAAGAAGGAGGAGCAGCAGGAGGAGAAGAAGGAGGGUGAGGAGAAGGAGGGCGACGAGGAGCAGGAGACUGAGAAGGGUGAGAAGAAGCUCCUUGGUAAGAGCAAGGGCUUCGGUUUCGUCUGCUUCUCUAGCCCCGACGAGGCCUCCAAGGCUGUCACCGAGAUGAACCAGCGCAUGGUCAAUGGCAAGCCCCUCUACGUCGCCCUCGCCCAGCGCAAGGAUGUCCGCCGCAGUCAGCUUGAGGCUAGCAUCCAGGCCCGCAACACUAUUCGCCAACAGCAGGCCGCUGCCGCUGCCGGUAUGCCCCAGCCUUACAUGCAGCCCGCCGUCUUCUACCCUCCCGGCCAGCAGGGCUUCAUUCCCGGUGCCCAGCGUGGUGCUAUGCCUUUCCCUCCCCAGCCCGGUAUGGUCAUGGCUGGUAUCCCUGGUGGACGCCCCGGCCAGUACCCCGGUCCCUUCCCCGGUCAGCAGGGCGGCCGUGGCAUGGGCCCCAACCAGCAGAUUCCCGGUAACUUCCAGGGCAUGCCCAUGGGUAUGCAGGUCCCCGGCGGUAUGCCCAACGGUAUGGGCUACCCCAUGCAGCCUCAGUUCGGCCGUGGUGCUGGUGGUCGUGGCCAGGUUCCUGGACCUAUGGGCCAGGGCAUGCGCGGUGGUUUCCGUGGCCCCCCCGGCCAGAUGGGUCGUGGUCAGGGCCGUGGCCAGCCCGCUCCCGCCGGUCAGCCCGGCCGUGACGAGGCCGCUCCCGCUACCGGCCUGAGCUCCCAGGCUCUUACCUCCGCCCCUCCUGCCCAGCAGAAGCAGAUGCUCGGUGAGGCUCUUUACCCUAAGAUCCACGCUCAGCAGCCCGAGCUUGCCGGCAAGAUCACCGGUAUGCUUUUGGAGAUGGACAACACUGAGCUCCUUGGACUUCUGGAUGACGAAGAGGCCCUCCGCGCUAAGGUCGAUGAGGCUCUCAACGUCUAUGAUGAGUACAUGAAGAACAAGGGUACCGAUGGUGAGGCGGCCACCGAGGCCAAGCCCCAGGAGGCCGCCAAGGAGGCUUCCUCGGAGGAGAACAAGUCUUAA